AUGGUUCGCUUCCUCAACUCUUUCCUCGCCGUCGGAAUCCUCGCUGUAGCCGGACUGGUCCAAGCUGCCCCUUUUGCCGACUCUGACAUGAGCCAAGUCUCUGCAGAUGUACUUGAGCGUAACGUCGAGAUGGCUGUAGGCAGGGAUGGCUUGGACGUCAUGGAGGACAGCUUCGAUCUCCUUGCGAGGGAAGUCAUCAACUGCAAGAUUACCUACCCUACCAAGAAGACCAAGUGGACCGCCGGAGAAGACGUCAAGGUGACCUGGGACCCCUCUUGUGUCAAGAAGGCCAAGUACAGCAAGUACACUGGACAAGUUCUGCUGGGUUACAAGGUGGCUGGCAAGUCGAGCUACCACUUGCGCUCCAACCACCCUCUGGCAGACGACUUCUUGCUCAAGAAUGGAAGUGUUGACUUCACCCUCCCUGCGAACCUCACAACUCGCUCCGAGUACUUUGUCGUACUGAUGGGCGACAGUGGCAACAGGUCUCCCAUGUUCACCAUCAACUCCGCCUGA